AUGGCACCAAUCAGGUCUGAAGUGGUCCUCAACCACUGUACAUCGGCAACAGUACUGGGAAAUAGUAUAUCUAUACAUAUGCUUGACUUUCUUAGCACAGUCAAGACUCAUCCUCUGGGUUUCGACGAGCUUGCCCACGACUUUCUCGAAGUAUGCCGAAUCAUGUGGUCGCUCGAGGCUGGGCUCCUCGAAUGCGCCAAGAUUCACCAGACUCUCCCGGACGAGAUGCUCCAAGAGCUCGACAAGAAAUUCAGAACCACACACUCGGACUUCCAAGUCCUUGACCAAUGGAUCACUCGAUUCGUUGAAUAUGAACGCAAAGGAACCAUGGGAAAAAUCCAGCGAGGCUGGCGCAAAAUGUUCGCAGACACUGGCGUCGACAAGAUGAGGGAAUCUCUCGCCAAGACAAAGGAGGCGCUGCGAAUGAGUGCGCUGGUUUUUCAAUGGUCCCUGGGAGACGCAAAGAUUGACGACGCUGUUGGUAUUGGCUAUACUGGUCUCGCAGCAGCCCUCGACCGUAUGGACCGCGGAAAAUCUGUCAUCGGCAUCACAAAGCUCAAGUCUCUCGAACAACACAUGGUCGCACACUCACUGGAGGAAGUGUCCGCCAUCGACUCCAUUCACCAUUCAUCCAUCGACCGGUCCUUGACACCAUCUGUCCCUCACCUGCCCCCAGUCCUCGAAAUGGCAAAGAGUUCCACGGACCUUUCUCCAUUCCCUGGCAGUGACGCCCUGAGCGCUCGAUCUAUUCCCGACCUACACUUCCCAUCCCUCAUCCGCCGUACAUCAAUCUCAGAUCAUACCGUCUCAUCACACGGCGGCCGAGAUCGUGAACGCGUCAUCUCUGGCUCAGAGACCUACGUUUCCGGGAGCAGCGGCCAUGGUUCGCAUCAUCCAAGCCACGGCCACAUUGACGAAAGAUUAUCCGGCAGCACAAAUGGCCACGGAACACUUAUUGGUAGCGAGGAUGAGUAUGAGCCUGGGCCGAUCAAGGUCGUAAGAAUAAAGGCCGACCCGUUCACCAUGCCCCGCUGGUCGCCCAGGAACUCUACCUCGCCUACGCCGGCUAUGAUAGACGCCCUUAUCUCUGCCAUUGAGGCGAGAAACAGCAAAAUGGUUGAGCAACUGCUCGACCGAGGUAUUCCCGCUAAUACCGGGUCCGACGUACACGCGCUCAAUUUGGCUAUUCGAAUGCAUGACGUUGAGACUGUCCGACUACUACUCUUAUUUGGCGCCGAUCCAAAUAUUCCAGGCGACAUAACCCGAAAAACACCCCUAUACAUGGCAGUAGAAGAGGCAUUCCUCGAUGGUGCCAGCAUGCUGCUCAAGUACGGUGCUUCGCCCAACCUGACGGGAGACCUAGACUCGCCAUUGGCACUUGCUGUAGCCACAAAUCAGUUUGCUCUUACGAGAUUGUUGCUCACUUAUGGCGGCGAGCCAUCCCACAUGAUGAAUGAUGGUGAUACUCUUUUGAUCAAGGCUAUUUCGCAAAAAGCAUCCCGGAAAACAAUCGAUCUUUUGCUGGAAUAUGGAGCCGACAGUAACGGCAAGUCCCGAGAGGGAAAGACAGCCAUGUUCGACGCAAUCCAGACUGGCCGCCCAGAUAUCGUAUCAACGUUGCUCGAUCACGGCGCGAAUCCAAACUUGCCAGGGCCCAAACAUAUGCUAUGGCCUUCGACGUAUCAACCAAAGUGCCUCAAGAUCCUUCUUUCUCGGGGCGCAGACCACCGCAAGGCACCUGGUAUCAUGGAGCUGGCCACGUCUAUCAAUAAUAUCGACAGUGUCCGCCUUUUGAUCCAAGCCGGUGUCAAUCUAGAUGCCAAGAAGGACGGCAUCUUCACCCCAUUAUGUACCUCGAUCCGUGACAACAGAGAAGAUAUCUUCCACCUUCUUCUAUCCAAUGGUGCCGACCCAAAUACACCAAGCGCCGAAUAUCCUUGUUUCAAAUGUGUCACCCACAAUCGAGUCCAUCUCCUUGAGCCUCUUGUAAAGGCUGGAGGUAAUCUUCUUUCACCAAAGGGCAUUCUCGAGACGGCAGUACAACAUAACAAUGUGGCUGCCAUCAACUGGUUACUUGACCAUGAUGUGCCCAUCAAUGACAAGGUGCCCAAGACCGGUGCAACGGCCCUCACGACUGCGAUCAGGGAGAACCGUCCAGAGCUUGUCCAGCUGUUGCUGUCUCGCGGCGCCGACGGCAAUGUGCGUGGUGAAGAUUGGCCCAUCUGCUUGGCUGUCCGCCAACCGGCAAUUCUAAAGCUCCUUCUUCCCGCACUGGCCGAGCCCAGAGCCUUCAAGGGAGUCAUGGAAAUGGCCGUGUCUGCAGGACAGCUGGCAUCCGUCAAGCUCCUUCUUCGCGCCGGCGUCUCGGUCGAAGAUCGCAACGGCGGAGUCUUUUCUCCCCUUACCACGGCAAUCCGCGAGCACCAAAACGAAAUAGUAAAAUUCCUGAUUGAUGAGGCAGGCGCCGACGUCAACGCCCCCGGCGAACACCUGCCCAUCGUAAAGGCGCUGAGGAGAAUGCAAGGCAACGAUACGACGGUCCUGGUCAUGCUGCUCGAUGCGGGCGCGUCGCCGAACAAGGUCUACCGCGGCCACAGUGCCAUUAUCCAAGCGCUGGAGAAUGGCGACGUGGACGUCUUGAGGCUCCUGGUCGACAAGGCCGGAGUGGACCUCGACGCCACAGACGACUCGGGCAAAACCGUCCUGGAACUGGCGCAAAGCCGCGGUGGCGACGAGGCGAGCGAGAUUCUUUUGCAGGCCAGAAGGGUUCAUUCCUCUUAA